CAAAGUGUUUGGUUGUUUGCGCAACGAUUUAAAUUCAAUUUCUCUCAUUAAUACAAUAAAAUACAAUACAAAAGUUAAGUGUAGAGUUCAUAAAAUAAAAAGCUAAGGUGUUAUUUACUGAAAAGUGAUAAAAGUUUUUAAAUGAUCUUAGAAAAAAAACUAAAAUAUGUAUUAAUCUGUGCAUAUUUAUCAGCGUAAUUUUUAUCACAAUUUUGAAUCAUGAAUAAUAGCAGACAGGUAUAUAAAGUUUGCACGCACCACGCUGAGCCGAUGGGGAUUGGUGGGCUAUUAAUAAAUAAUUAACUAGGCGUGCCUGUGGCUUCGUUCACCUUUGUUUUGGCUUUUUCAAUAUACCGCGGGAUAUAGUUUUUCAGGGAAGAAAAGUAUCCUAUGUCAUUCUCCUUAAUAUCUCUGUAUAGGAGCACCUACGUGUUACUAAGGUAGAAGUUAUAAGAAAAAAGCUGAACAAACAAUAUGAUACCUCAUAUUAACGAUUCAAAAGAGGAGUUCGUUGACUCCGAAGUGUUUUAUCCUUACGAAAAACUAAACAAUAUAAAAUGGUACGACCGGAUUUUAUUGAACCAACCUCUAAAAAUCACAAUAGUAUUUAUAAUAUUAGGAAUAGCAGUUCCUUUGCUUUUAUAUCACUUUUACUUCUUCACGGCCCUGAAUAUACCACCGUCCGACGGAUUCUCCAUUGGUUCCUGCCUAAUCCCCAGAGAAACUAGACUCGCUUGUGGCGUUGGACAGAUGCCCGAAGAGGAAUGUCACCAUCAAUGCUGUUACGACCGCAACUUGCACAUGUGCUUUCAUCGGAUUCCUUCAAGAUUUUCCUACAUAAUAGAUCAGCCUUGGAGUGAUGAUAUUGUAUUGCAUCCGAGAAUAGCUACAGUGCCGUUUUCAAACCAAAAUAGCAUACCGCAAGUGAGACUGUCUAUCGACGAAGAGUCAGCUACACACUUGGCUAUAACGUUCUACAAUUCUCGAAACACAUCCUUUCCCAGCAAACGUUUAAGUGACAAGGAAUAUUCCUAUGAAGUUGGUACACCUGAGAUUAAUAUAGCUGUCAACGCAUCACAAGGUACAAUCUUCAAUACUGUCGGAGGACCAUUGAUUGCAUCAGAUAAUAUUUGGGAGAUCGCUUUCAAAUUGACAAACGAAACCAUGUACGGUUUAGGCGAGAUACCUUUAAAGAAGAACACAACUAAAAUAAUAUACAGCAACGAUGGAGAUAUGAGUUCUAUCCCAUUAAUAUUCGCCAAAAUAAAUACAUCUUUUCAUGGACUAUUGAUUGAUGUAAAUGAGCCAACAGAGAUUUUGGUACACCCUGGCGGGCAGAUCGUUGUGCGCAGUAUAACAAAUUACGGCUUGAAAUUUCAUUUGUUUGUCGGUCCAGAGCCAAAGGGGAUUAUGGAAGACGUGAUGAUAAUAAUAGGCCAUCAUAAACAACUGGAAUAUUGGAUGCUGGGGAUUCAUGUCUGUAGUGAAGUCCCAGAUAUGGAUCUGGACAACUUCAUAUCAAACGCUACAAGGAACCAAUUACCAUUCGAUAGUCAUUGUGGACACGGUCCUAUAGUAUUCAACAUUGAUCAAUGCAAGUCAAGCAAUAUUAGCAAUAUUGAUAUAGUAAACAGUGGUGCCAAUAUUGUCAGAGAAGCUGGUAAAAAAUUUGUGCCAUACGUAUCUCCUUACAUACGUUACUUCGAGGAAGAAUCUAAUGAAACGUUGACUGAAGAAGGAAAUAAUACGACUGCUCAAAGAAAAGAUAAAGAAGGUUGUCAAAUUAUACGUACAUAUGAAGAUAUUAUGUAUCGUCGACCAAAUACACUCGAAAUAUAUAGAGGUGCCAUUAACGAUAUCGAAGUUAUAUACCCAAAUUAUAAUGAAGCACCUGACGCAUUUAUUGAUAACUUAUGGGCUUACGAUCAAUUUAAUGGUGUGGUACUACAAAACAAUUGGCCAUUAGAUAACUUAGAGAAACAAAUGAAUGAAACUGCUUUAUAUUUGCCAUAUUUUAGUGAGAACUUUGAAAACGCAUUUGCAAAUACACCGCAAUGGAACUUAUCACUUGUUAAUGACAACGAAUUAUAUCUGUUCAAACAUAACACAUACGGUAAUGACUUUGCCAAAGCUUUUGCCAAAAAAGAUAAUUCAACACCAAUCUGGUCAAGUAGUCUAUGGAUGAAUGGCGGUUUCGCAAUAAACAGACAAAAUAUUGAUGCAUCUUGGACAAAUCUGCAUCGAGAACUAAUAGCGGCAGCUCUUGGAGGAAUUUCUGGUCACUGGCUUUGGUCAAGUCCGAUUUGUGGAGACACUGAGAACUUUAACCACACAACCCAAUCAAACCUCUGUGUUAAAUGGUAUUUGGCAGCCACUUACUUCCCAAUGAUAAAAAUACAUUCCAGGAAAUAUAUGAGAUAUCCAACAGCAUUUAAUGGAACACAUAGAAGUAUUAUCAUUGAAGCAUUAAAUCGCAGACUUGGCUUAUUACCUUACUUUUAUACUACACUUCAAGAAGGUCCGUUGCUAAGACCGAUGUUUUAUCAGUUCCCAUUAUCUGAAGCAUUGCAUGAUAUUGAUACACAGUUUAGUGUAGGAGACAGCCUAUUGGUAGUUCCAAACUUAACACCUUUUCAAAGUCAUGUACAUAUGUGGUUGCCCCCUGGAACAUGGUACGAACUUUGGAGUGGCCUUAAACUAGAAGCAAAUGAAGGAGACCCUAUUACUAUGAUGACAGCUGAAGCCGACUUCCUUACGUUUAUUAAAGGUGGCUCGAUACUAAUUUAUCAAAAGGAAGCACAAUCGACUGCUGAAAGUACACAAUUCCUCACGCCGUUCUCAGUUAUCAUCGCUUUGGAGUGUACCACAGACAACGAAACGUCUGUAUGCCAAGCAUCAGGAAAGCAGUUUAUUACAAAGAAUAUGAGUUUGGUAUUCGUGGCCAACGAUACAAACAUGACCAUAACUGCUGAUGGAAAAGACUUUGAUCCAAUAUGCGAUAUCGGGAGCGGAUUUUGGGCAUACGACAUCCAGUUUAUAAACAUCUACGGCAUGGACGAAGAAAUGAACAACUAUGAUAACUAUAGACAACUGAACACCUUCGUCGAUUUAUGCCAUUUAGAAACUGAUGAAGAAAUUGUUGUUAAUUUAUUAUCCUAGAUUCUAUUACCUUUUUGUAAGUUUUCAUGUAAGCUAACGUGACAUCGACGAGACCGUAAAUCUUUAAUUUUUUUUAAAAUAAUAACAAAUGCCAAAAAUGAACAUCCUCAUACAAAUUCGACGGAUUUACUUAAACUUCAAAGUUUUUUCUGGGCGCUUUAUUCGUCUUUGAUUUAUAGAACCGUGAGAAUAUAAGAGCCUUAAAAAA